AUGAUUUUUAGUCAAGAUAUUCCGUGUUCCAGACCGGAAUGCAAGGGUGCUAACGAAAUUUAUUUGUUCAGAGAAGAAGCACCGUUAUGUGACACAAAUUGUUCCACAUUAUGUCUGCCAUGCAAAAAUAAUGUUGUUACUGAAGGCUGCUUUUGUAAGACAGGUUAUGCUAGAGGAGCAAGCGGACCAACCUGCGCUGAUCCAAAUGAAAUAUAUUUAUAUCAUUACGAAGCGCCUGCCUGUGAUGCAAAUUGUUCUGUACUUUGCAAACCAUGCAAAGAUGAUGUAAAAGUAGAUGGCUGUUUUUGUAAAACAAAUUAUGCAAGAGAUGAAAAUGGUGUUUGCAUUCCAAUAUAUAAAUGUCGCAUUUGUUCUGGUGAAAAUGUAUCACAAAAUAAUCAAGGACCAACAUGCCAGGACCCAAAUGAAAUUUAUUUAUAUGCGGAUGAAGCACCAAAUUGUGACCCAAGUUGUUCUACAAUAUGUAGUGUCUGCGAAACCGAUUCUCCAACUGAAGGCUGCUAUUGCAAACCGAGUUAUACAAGAGAUAAUAAUGGUGUAUGUAUUUUAAUAUCAGAUUGCCCAUUAUGCCUACCUGUGCCAACUUAA